GUCAUUCAAAAAUUUCCCCAAAUAUGUCACUUUAAAAUACCAAAACAACGUGUGCUUGAAUUUAGAUUGAAAGUACAUUUUUGGACUUCUGCUUAAAGAAAGCAGACAAAAUGGCUAAUUUGAAAAAGAAAUUGGAAAGUAUCAAGCAUCCCAACAGUCGUAAAACCAAAGCCCUAAGUAAAAAGGCAAAACGCCAAAAUAACAAACACAAGAGUCGCUUGGGUCAUGCCAUAAAAAGCAACAUCAUUGGUGAGAAAUUAAAUUGGUUUUUAGGAAACAUAGGCGAUCGUACAACACCAUUGAGUCCUGAAGAAUUCGAGGAACUUGUCAAGUUGUAUCUCAGUCGAUUCGAUGAGGAACUCGAACAAAUUGCACUCAAACAAUCAAUUUCAAAGAACCGCGCACAUCAACACGUAGCUAGACAGGAUGUGAUCAAAAUCACACUCGAAAAAGAGAAGAAUGAAUUCUAUGGAGGUGGAAUGGAAAUGAUAAAUCUAUGUGAUCCUGUAAAAUUCAAAUCACUCCUCGACUGGGAUGGCAACGCUAUAAAUGUACAACACUUGAAAUUCGAUUUGAUUUCCAAUGGAAUGUUGCAGCGACUUAAGAAACCUAAUCCCUUUAUUGUAGUCACACCGUGUAGUGAUGGGGAGCAAAGCAUGGAUGUGUCGACGAGUGCGUCGUAGUUAUAAUUUGAAUUUAUAUUCUUUUGUAUAAAUUAUAAUUAUGGAGUUUAAUAAAGUUUAAAAUGGUUUUAUACAAUUCUAA